CUCGACCGAGAGAGCGUUUGCCACUUUGAGAACGAGCGACGCGCGUCCCUGCGAGUUACCGCCGCAGCCGCAGCCGCUUUCGCCGUCGUCGUCGCCGCUGCUGUCGCCGUCGUCGUCGCCGUUGCCGUCGCCGUCGCCGUCGCCGUCACCGUCGCCGUCACCGUCAUCGUCGUCACCGUUGUGCUCGUCGUCCUCGUUACCGUGGUUGCGAUCGCUGUCACGUCGCGACAGCGUUCUUCGUCGUAGUCCUCGUUACCGUGGUGUUCUCGUUGCGGUCGUGCGCGUCGCGCGUCACUCGUUGACGUCGGAUUUCCGUCGUGUUCGCGCUCUUCGUCGUCAAAGAGGAUUCCAAGUUCGCGUUGUUUCACGACCAAGCCUGUUGUUGCCCCGUGUUCUUUGGUCGUCCUGUGCUCCAGUUCGUUAGUGAACGAACAGAGGCAACGCGUCGCGAAGAAAUCUGGUGGUUGGUUGAUAGUUGAGCGAGGGGCAGCUUGGCUGCUCCUCGGGCGAAGCCGGCCAGCACGCGGAACACGGACCUGUCCGCAACCAGAACGAAGCCGAGGUCGUGGCCAGCAUCGAGUUACGGUCGCCAAUUGUCAUGGACACGGUUCAUCCAGUGGUUGUGCACAGUGAAAUCGUUACGUAUCUAUACACGGUCCAACGUACUCCGUGAGACGCGGCAGUUAGCUCGAGUGACAGUGAGACUCGCGGAAAAUCGAUUGGCGAGCACGUAUCGCGUGGCCGAUCCUGGGUCGACGCGACGCACCUCAUCGGCUGGUUCCGGCAGCCGGCCGGCCGUUGGAACCAAAGGAAAACGAUCAAUUUUAGUAUGCGUUGAGACUCGCGUGGUCGUCAUCCUCGUAUCUCGUGGUGUCCACGUGGCGAGAAUCGAAGGCAAGACGAGGAGGAUAAAUAGGAAAGGAGAAACGGCUGUGGGCCGUUUCGCCGCUACACCGUAACAUUUCGUGGAAAGGUUACGAAAUCUUAAGAGGAAGGUGGUCGACGACAACGGAGAGACGCGUGCCCUUUGGACGCCCGAUGGAUCACGGAGCGAUGGAUAGCGCUUCCGAUCACAGCAGUCGCGCCAGUCCCGUAACCGGCAGCCCGAAACAUCCUCACAGUCCGUCGGCACAACAAGCUCAACAGCAACAACUCCACGGUUCCCAACAUCAACCACCGCCGUCGCACCAGCAGCCUCAUCCGCGGGACCAACUCCGCGAUCAACAAUCGCAGCAGCAACAGCAUCGCGGUGUUCCCACGCCGGGAUCGCCGACCAGAGGUUCGCCACCUCAAGGACUUCCGUUGAGCCCGCCGCCUCUUUCCGCCGGGGGAGCACCCGGUGCACCGCCAGGUAUGGUGCCCCGAAUGCCGGGAUUACCGCCACCGGGACUCGGACUGCUCGGUCAACUCGGUGGCAUGCUAAGCGGUCACCAUGGCUCACCGCUCGAGCUGAUGGCGGCCCAUCACGCCGUUCUACCCCCGAGAUCCUACAAUAGCCCGCCGCCGAUCAGCACCAGCGAUCCUACCGCGAACGAGUGCAAACUGGUCGACUAUCGCGGUCAAAAAGUGGCCGCGUUCAUCAUCGCCGGGGACACGAUGCUUUGCCUGCCGCAAGCGUUCGAGUUGUUCCUCAAACACCUGGUCGGUGGCCUGCACACCGUCUACACAAAACUCAAGAGGCUCGAUAUAGUGCCGUUGGUGUGCAACGUCGAACAAGUUAGGAUUCUACGCGGACUCGGAGCUAUCCAGCCUGGCGUCAACCGUUGCAAGCUGCUUAGUUGCAAGGACUUCGACAUCCUCUACAGGGACUGCACAACAGCCAGCUCCAGGCCAGGAAGACCACCGAAGAGAGCCUCCGUUGGUCUGAGUCUCGCAGCCAGCCACCUGGCAGCGGCGACCGGCCACCAUCCUCAGCAUUCCUUGAAGAAGCACAGAAUGGACAACGGGGAUUACUACGAGAACGGGCAUCUCGACGUACCGAGGAUGGAGAAGUCGCCGUUACUCGCGAACGGCUACAAUCACCCGCCCACGCAUCUCAGCCACAUGCAAUUCAUGCAACUGGGUGGACACCCAGGUGCCGGACACACCGCCAUCCUGUCGCCGGCUAGUCUACCGCAUCACCUGCAGGCUCAGGCACAGGCGCGAGCCGAACAGGGCUUGAAAGCGAACCCGAACAUGUCGAACAUGGAGGCUUUCGCGAGGUCCGGGACGGUUUGGGAAAACUGCCGAGCUGCCUACGAGGAUAUUGUGAAACAUCUCGAAAGGCUCCGCGAGGAGAGAGGAGACGCCGAGAGGGCACUAGCAUUGGACCAAAAACCCAGGGAUCUGAGCUCGCACAAUGGUUCCUCGAACGGUCACAGUCCCGUGCUGAACCUGUCAAAGACGGCGGGAAGCGGAAGCGUGGGCGAGCACUCCGGAAGCGAGGCCGAGGCGUCGCAUCGUUCGCAGGACGACGAGGAGGAGGACGACAAUCUGUCGGAGGAGCUGGACGACGACAACGAGAAGGACGAAGAUUUGUCGGACGUCCCGGAGAACCUGCCGUUGCCCGCGCCGGGAUCCGAGAGUCCUCAGGCGUUGAACUACUCACAGAUAGCCUCAGCGGCGGUGGCCGUUUCUCAGGGAGGCCAGGAUCCCUCGGUCUCGAGUACGGAGACCCUGCUCAGGAAUAUCCAGGGCUUGCUCAAGGUCGCGGCCGACAACGCGAGGCAACAGGAGAGGCAAAUCAACUACGAGAAAGCCGAACUGAAGAUGGACGUUCUUCGGGAAAGAGAAGUGAAGGACAGCCUCGAGCGUCAGCUUCAAGAUGAGCAGAAGGUUCGAGUGAUGUACCAGAAACGAUUAAAGAAGGAACGAAGGGCAAGGAAACGCUUGCAGGAACAGUUGGACCUGGAGAUUAAGAGGCGCACGCAACUUGAGGAGGCGCUGAAGGCAACGGGGGCUUCCUCCGAGCAAGUCAGAGCGAUUACCGAAAAUGUAACGGUGGAGGCGCGUACGAGUUCAGAGCCACCGGAAGCCAGUCCGGUGCACUCGCAGUCGCAACAGCAACCAUCGCAGCAACAGUCGUCCCAACAACAAUCGUCCCUUCAGCAACAACAACAGGCACAACAAUACAGAGAGGCCCAAGUGCCGCGUCCUUCGCAGCAACCUUCCACGCCUGAGAAACCUGCAUGGGGUUACGGCUUGGACCUGAUCGGUAGCCAAGCGUCCGCCUUCUGGCAGAACUAUCAAGAGUCGCUGGUGCAAGAACUCGAGCUGGAGAGAAAAUCGCGGCAGCAUCAAGCGGCCGAGAGGGACCAAGUCAAGUCUCCUCUUCAAGAAAACGGAGGUGGAAGGAUGCAGGGAAGAGGAUGGGAGCGGAGAAGCGUGGCCGAAGAAACGGAGUAAAUCGAAUCCGGUGGACUAUUAAAAACGCGUAGUGAUUUUCAAUCAUAAGCGACAGUUCGAUAAAAAGUGGCGAGUGGCGGCUCGAUCACAAAGGGCCCCUAAGGGCCGAUGAGUCGACCGGUCUCUCGUAUUUACGAACGCGCCCGAUACGAGCCCAUCCUCGCUCUCUCUUUCUCCAUCCCCAAUGUCUUCGCUAGCUCUCGUCCCUUUCGCGUUCAUCUACGUCUCGAGAGGCAAGGAUAAUUAGUGAGCGGCGCCGCUUCCAAGCGAACGAUCAUCGAAUCAUUCGCUUAGUCUUCUCUCUUCUUCAUCUUCUUCUUCUUCUUCUUCUUCUUCUUCUUCUUCUUCUUCUUCUUCUCAAGCUCGUUCUUAUUCUUCUUCUCGAAUCACCGUCGCCGCGACUAGCCGUCCAGUUCGCGUUUUUAAUUUCGAUGUCGAUCGAGCAACGAGCAGAAAGAAAAUAAAGAAACACACCGAGCGAUUUACUCGUGCGUUACCGACCAGACUACGUAAAAUCCAUGAAGACCACGGACAACACCGCACUCUUGACCCGCUUCUGUUUCAGAAUCCCGAACGGGUUACUACAAGAACUCGGUUCUCUUUACGAGCGCGACCUAGAAGAGGCUGGACGACGCUAGAAGAGGAGCAGAUCGCUUAGCCAGCCAAAACGAGUGACGAUCGAUCGAACGAGAAGAAAGGAACGAACACGGGCAUACGAGCAAACGGACAGAGACUCUUCGUCGUGAUUUUUACCAGUGAUUCGCGCGUGACGAACGAUGCGAACACAACAGACUUAUAGAAACGUACUUUUUUCGUAUAAAGUGUGCGACAGAGUGACGAGAGAAACACGAACGAGAAUCGUUUCCGACCCAUGGUCGAACCGAUGGAAACACACAUAUCAGCCAAGGUGUCGGACGUUCCUUCGUUUCCGGUUUGCGACCCGCGAAACGGGAACGUCGUAGGCGGAUUUAUAUAUGCGAGCGACGUACCACGUGUCCGUGGAUGCACCGAUUAGAGCCGGAAACUGUCGAAACCGUGCGACUUGCUCGUUUCAAAAAUUAAAUAACUUUUAAAGACUGCUUGAGAGUGCGUGCGCGCGUGCAUGCGUUCCUAGAGGUACCUAUCUCCUAAUUAUCGAACGACUUUCAAUUAGCUAAUCGUGUUAAGCUGUACACGGGACGAUCGGUCGCGCCUCGCCGCGUCGGUUUCUCGAGUAUUAUUAUCAUUAUUAUUAAUAUUAUUUCACCGAGGCGGCGUAUCGCGUGAUCCGAUCGUCGACGAACAAAACGCGAGUCUCGAGUCGAAUCGACUUUCGUUCGAUUCUUGCUUUAAUCUCUCGACCAGGAGUUUUACGACGAACCGCGACUCGAUUUUCUGUAUCAUAUGUGAGAGAGAGAGAGAGAGAGGGAGAAAAAGAGAGAAGCUCCGCCAAUAGAAAAAGGGAAAGAGAGAAAGAGAGAUGGCGGGAAAGCGUGCGAGAGGAUGGAGAAUUCGAAACGACGAAUGUAAACGAAGGUGGAUGGACCUGGAUCACGCUUCGAAUAGAGAAAAGGUAAAAAAAAAACCACGUGGAGCGUGAUAUG